CUCCAAGUACUAACCCUUGCGCUGUUCCUACCAUAUCAAGUGUUAUCGUUCUCGCCACUGGCAAGAUUGUCGAUAUGGCCUUACCAUUCCAACAUGUCUGCAGACGAAUUAGGCGACCAGAUCAGAGCAUUUGCCGACGAUACGACAGAGGAUCCGGAACCAGUCCUGAACAUAGCUUUGGCGAGUAAAAGAAGUUUUGGUGCUGCAACAUUUGACAUAACAGACAAACGAAUAGGUAUAUAUAAUGCCGCAUAACUUACUUGAAUGGGACAUCGCAUUAUUUAAUUCGCAUGAGACCUACGCAUGGACAUGACUGCAUGAGGGCGGACCAUUAGAAAUCCCGGGAGGGGGGUGAAAAUUCCCCCCAAAAAAAUUCGUGCAAAGAAAAAUGCCUGGGAAAAAAAUUCGUGCAGCCUUUACAUCAGAGAAAAAAAAUUCGUGCAAGCAAACAGCAAAGUACAAAUAGUCUUGAAAAAAAAUUCGUGCAGAGGUUAAAUGCAUUAAAAAAAAAUCCUGCAGAGACAUGAGACUGAAAAAAAAAUUCGUGCCGCAAAAAUUUUAUACCCCCCCCCCUCCUGGGAUUUCUAAUGGUCCGCCCCUAAUGUUUUCAUGUAUCUUAUUAACAAGUAAUACUAUAAUAGUACGGUUUCUCGUGCAAUUUGGGAAAACAUACACUAGUGAGUUUUUCAAAGACUUCAAAAUGCACUCGUGCAAUUUUGAUCGUCUUUGAAAAACUCACUCGUGCAUGUUUUUUUCAUAUAACAUAUUGCACUCGAAAAUAUGACCUAUACAAAUUCAUAACGGAUUUCUGAAAAAAAAAACUUUUAUAACUCUUGUAUAUUAUUAUUAACAUUUCGUAUUUUGACAUGACACAUAUGAACGGAUUUAUGAUUUCGACGCACGAUAUGUCCCAAGAUCUUGAAUUUUCAGAAAGUCAUAGUCGAGUAUUAUUGAUUUUGAUGUAUUGAAAUAAGUCACUACAGGCUACAAAUGAAAAUUCAAAUGUUGGUUAACACAACUCAAAUGUUGUAGAAAAUACCUUGUAGUUCAAGAAGAUUAUUAUUGCUGCUUGAACAACCUUUCGUUUACAGUUAAUAACUUAAUCUCUAGAAAAUAAUGUAGUUUUUUCCUGAAUUUUGUGCACAGUAAUUUAUUUCAAUACAUCAAAAUAAUCCCGCCUCACAUCUCGUUCUGGCAAAGCAGGAUCAUAUAAACAGCCCAUUAUUCAGCAAUUGUGCAUGCUGCCUUUGAUCCCUCAGGGGUGAGGCAGCAUUUACCUUGCGAUAGUAACUUCUAGUUGUAUGGUGUUAGUCAGUUUGAGUAGCGUGUUCCACAUUAAACCUUCUUAACUCAUCUUACAUAUGGUAAACCUUCCUCACGGGUGCUCCGCAUACCCACAUACCCGCAGCUGUUUUGCAACGUACUCUGAAAUAUUUAUCUACGUUUGACGUCACAAAGUAAUAAUGAGUUUAAGCUUCGCGUCCAUACGUCAAACGACAAACGCCGGACAAAGAAAAAUUUUACGUUAUAGACGGAUUUGUCCUAUAUAUGGACUUGUUAUUUUAAAACUAUAAUGUGUAAUGACCCUUUUCACACAAGAAAGAAAAUAUGAAGCAAAGAAUGCCAACAAAAUUCGACUUUACCGUUUGCCGUUACCCUCAAACGCGAAGCUUAAACUCCUCACGCCAGAAUUUUGAAAAAGGUUUAUUGAUGGAUUUUCAAAUUUCCUUUCAGGUUUUAAUAUGAACGGGCCAAUGUACAGAAAAAAUUUCGCUGACAGUCCAGGAAAAAUACCGACUCUGGGAGAAUGUACAUUGUUCAAUAAAGCGAAAAGCGCGGGGAAAAAUAUGCACAAAUACGAAGGGAAUGUAGUUAAGACAUACGUAAUCAAAACAAAGUCGAAAUAUUCUAGAAAAACCGAUUUCUCUGAAAAAUACGAAUAUACGCAGAUUAUGGGAGGAGUCAGUGUUAGCGUUUUCGGGCUGUUUGGUGCAAGUGCCGAAGCAACGGUCACCACAACUGUGAAACGAAAUAAGAAAUCUCUACUGCUUUACAGACAUCAAAGGAUACACCGAGGAGUGUCUUCGUUAGCAGACGCUCGAGUUGGACAAAACUGGCAAACCUGUACCAACAUUGAUAAACAUUAUUACUUGCGUGAUAUUUUGACCGGUAUGGAAUCGUACAUCUUUGUGAACCUGUAUUUUUCGUCUGAAGAAAGCCGCAAAGAACUGGAAGUGAAAAUCAAAGUGAAAAUUUUGUUUUUCACAAUAAGUAAAACAAUUCGAAAGGUUAAAACGAGUUUGAGUCAAGAUAUACAAAUUAGAGUUACUUCCACUAGUAGUUUUCCGAUUUCCGAUCGAACGGUUAAAGACUUUAUUUCGGUUGACGAAGCUUUGGUACACAUCGAAAGAUUGGAGACACAAAUGGACGCAAACAGAGGGAUGAUCCAGAAAAAAACAAUUGAUGCCCUCGUGGGAAACAAGAAUGCGCAUUUGACCUACUUUUUUAUGCCGUGCAUGAUACUUACUGUCAGUAAAGCAUUGCCAUUCAAGCCAAAGAAAAAUACGAUCCUAUUCGAGUUAUUCGAAAGAGUUACGGAAAUGAGAUCGGUACUCCAAGAUGUGGAGGCGCUGUUAGGGAAUAAUCAGCCUCCGGCAGUCCGAGACAAAUUAACUAAAUUUGAAACAAAUCUCAAGAUACGGUUGGCUAAGGUGGUGAUAAAUACAUCAAACAUCAAUGAGUAUUCGCGAGGCGGUCUUGUCGAGAAAUUGCGUGAUUUUUACGGGCCGAACCGACCUCCUUACUACUACGAGAGGGAAUUGCAAAGAAUAACAAAAAAUAUUUGAAAUAAAUGAGUUCAAAUGGUUAACAAAAUCAACAAAAUACUUGAAACAAAAAAGUAGCAAAAACCACAUUGUUCUACUAUUUUAUUUUACUUUAAAUUUUACCUAUGAAAUAACGAAUUGGACAAAAUUUAGUUAUCUG